ACGUCGGGCAAGUAUUGUAAACACAUUAGUGAAAAGUAGUCUUGGAAAAAGAAAGGGAAAUCUAAUAAAGAGUCCUUUUUUAAUUGAGAAAAGUCAAAAACUUAUAACCUUAGACCCAUGAUUUGACGCGGGAUCGUGCAUGUUUUUAUCUCGGGUAUCGUACGGAAGUCAGUUUUGUGUAGUAAUAAGCGACUGUCCUAACCCCCCAGUCCCGAUACCCUUGUAACCGUUCAUUUUAACCAAGUUCAGGUUCGAUUACCUUGACUUUUUAUUUCGUUAACAUAAGUUUGAUACACAAUGCUGCCAACAACAGCUGCCAUGUCAUCCCUGAAUUUAAAAGAAUGUGUAGCUUAAUCAUUUUUUGCUAUGGAGAGAAGUGUUGCUGGCAACUUGGGGGUCUUUCGAUAGAUGCACUGUUCUGUUACUCUUGAGAACAUGAAGCGCUGGGUAAAGAUGAUUCGUUUCAUUGGUGGCCUUUGUCUUGUGACACUUCUGGGUAUAGCUUAUAUAAGCUAUCUCUGUCACAACUCCCUGUGUUUGGCUCCAGAGCGUUUCAGCCUCUCCACCAGAUACAGUGCCAGCGCUAGUAGUAGCAGCAGCAGCAGUAGCAGGUCUGAAGUCCCUUCAUCACCUACCUCCACAACUAAAUUAGUUGUGGGUCAUGCAUCUACAGUCAACAUUGAAUCAGUGGCAUUUGAAGAGGCUUAUGAGAUGGGCUUUGACAUCACUGAUAGAGAUGUUAUAGUGUUUCUGCAUAUUCAAAAAACGGGUGGUACAACGUUCGGUAGACAUCUUGUCAGAGAUCUGAAUUUAGAGAAUCCUUGUAAUUGCCCAAGAAAGCGAAAACGCUGUGAUUGCUUCCGUCCCAACACUAUCAAUGAGCAGUGGCUAUUCAGUCGGUAUUCUACGGGCUGGAAAUGUGGACUUCAUGCAGACUGGACUGAGCUGACAGAUUGCGUCGAAGGCGCCCUAGACGAGUACGAAGGAUUAGCCAAAAAGAGAAGAUAUUUCUUCAUCACUGUUCUUCGUGAUCCAAUUCAUCGGUAUCUGUCGGAAUUCCGUCACGUCCAGAGAGGUGCCACCUGGAAAAGUGCCCGACAUUGGUGUGGAGGACAGGAAUUUACAAGUCUACCACACUGCUACAAGGGAUCAAACUGGACGGGGGUCGAACUGGAUGAGUUUAUGAAUUGUUCUUACAAUUUGGCCCAUAACCGACAAACGCGGAUGUUGGCCGAUCUCACAUUGGCAGGCUGUUACACCGGUUACAAUACGACGGCAGACCAACUAGAACGUGAUCGAAUCUUGCUGCAAAGCGCUAAACAGAACCUAGCCAGCAUGGCUUACUUUGGCUUGACAGAACAACAGGCCGUGAGUCAAUACAUAUUCGAACGAACGUUUCAUCUGGACUUUGAAAACAAUUUUGACCAAGCAAAUGCAACUCUGUCAGCUCAGGCAAUAGCCGAACUAACACCUGCUCAGAUAGAACGGGUUCGCCAGCUCAACAGCCUUGACGAGGAGCUAUUAGAGUUUGCCCGGCAGCUAUUACAAGAAAGAUUUCAACUACUAAAGCGACGGGACCCUCAUUUUAGGCAGAAUUGGCUGCGCAUGGUUCACCCUCUUAAGUCUGAGAGAAUCGACGGAAACUCAUUAGUCUAACCAAACAAAAAAAAAUCAUAAACACAGGAAAUGUUGCCAUCCUGCUACUUUUUAAAAAACCAAUUUUUUCCCCCAAGAAAUUGUCACUGGUCCACGCCUGUUGCACUGAAUCAUUUCACUUUUUGAAUGCUUUUCUCCCACCGGGUCGAUUAUUUUUUUAACCACUUCAAUCACCGCCUAAUGAUUAACAAACAACGUUAAGUUCUAUUUUUUAACCAAGAUGGAAAAGCUCACCGAAUUUUUUUAAGGAAACGACCUGAUACCGUGACAUUGAAAUCAACCUUUGUAUCCUGUGCCGAUUUAAUAAUUUUUUUUUAUUGAGUUCCUGCCGUCCUACAUGGCUUCAAUGUUACGCAAGAGUUGUUUUUACCGUCACUCUUGGCUGUGUACUCUCUAUUCGAUUUUUAUACCGUUUCCAGCCACCGGAAAUGUUUUUUAUCUUGUGUAAAAGAUCACCCUCUCUUCCAUCCAUGAUGAAAUUUUAAUCUCUCGACCAUGUAGUCUCUCCACAUUGAAUCUUCUUGCAAUGAUCGUUAAUAAUCCCAAAUCUCAUGUCGAUCGUCUUCACAUUUCCCGCGAUGAUUUCUUAUCACACUAAAGUGCACCGUGUGUUGCGUAGCGCUUUAACUAGCACGUCCCUUUAUGAUGCCUAUUUCAUUGCAAGAUUACUUGUGCAAUCCUUGUUUGCACAGAACGAGAUGAAGAAAAAAAAACGCUUUCUAUUAUUAUGGUUAUAAAGAUAUUAACGCUGUCCCAUAGAAACUAAAGCAAAUAAACGCCUACAGUAUGAUCUGAA